CGCUGGCCACAAGACCUAUAGCAAGGUUGUUUGUGUGCUGCUCUACAAACGUUGCAGACGCUGGUUGCCUUCUGUGAGCUUGCAAUUUGAGGGUGAGACUGUUACCAUGACAAGAAACAGUGCAAGAACUACGUAAUGUAAACUGUUGAACUAUAAACAAAACAUUCGACUGGUUUGAAGGAACUAAAAUUGUGUUUUAUAUGAGUGUAAGUCAAGUUCUUUGUGUUCGUAAGUUGUCAGUACAGAAACGUCGUCUCUCUUCAUACUCAGAAGCACGUCGUUACGGUGCAUUGAAAGAGAAUUUCCCCAGCCGUCACAUGGUACUUGUUUUAUUACACGAAAUGUUUAAAAAUACAAGGUCCAGUGACGUAAUAUUAUAUCCAUUCAUCAAAGAACUCGUCCUCUGGGUGAGUAAUACAUAAAGAACACGCCUCCAGCUUCGGGCACGCAGUGUUGGCUUCAACCCGUCCUUCAGUCGGGUCGCCAGUGUAGUGCGAGUGUGACCGGUUGUUGUUGAGGCUGCUGAAGAUUUUGUAACCAAAUCGUACUCAAAUGUCUUCAGUCAACAUGGUGUGGGACUACAUUGUAUUUGCCGUCUUCAUUCUCGGCUGUUCAAUGAUAGCCAUCUACAGUAAGUUUGCUGGCCCCAAAGAAAGAACGAAAGCUGAUUAUGUUUUCGCCACAGGAAGUGUCUCCAUGGCCGCCAUGAUGAUGUCCAUAGCAAGAGGGACGCUUGGCGUUAGGUCAUUUUUAGGUUACCCCUCGGAGUUAUACUACCGCGGCAGCGCCAUGUGGGAGACGCUGUACGGGAUGAUCUUGGCCUACCCAAUCGUCAUGUUCGUGUUUGUCCCUGUGUACUACAGCCUAGGCAUUACUUCCGUCUACCAGUACUUGGAUCUGAGGUUCAAAUCCCGUCUCGUGCGGUGCAUCGCGUCCUUCACAUACGUGGUGCGCAGUUUGUUGAAUCUCGGAGUGACGGUUUUCACCCCGUGCGUCGCUCUCAAGACAGUCAUCGGUCUCCCUUACUGGGCGUCAAUCCUCAGCAUCACCGUCAUCAGCGUCAUCUUCACCAUCAUGGGAGGCUUAAAGGCUGCCAUCACAGCCGAUGUGGUUCAGGGCUUCACAAUGAUUGCCUGCAGUCUUGCCAUUAUAAUCUAUGGCUGCAUAGGUGUUGGUGGCUUUGGAGAAGUGGUCGACGUGUCCAGCGAACGAGGACGUCUUCAGUUCUUCAACUUUGACAUGGACCCCACAAUUCGUGUUACAACACUCUCUGCACUCUUUGGCCAGCUCUUUAUGUCACUAUCCAUCUUUGGCUGUCAGCAAAAUUUUGUCCAGCGAUACUGCAGCAUGGACUCACAACAAGCCGUCACCAAAACUCUGAUGGCAAACAUCCCAGUGAUUACAGUGCUGUUCAGCUUGUCUUGGGUUGCUGGAAUGGUGAUCUUUGCAAGCUAUGCUGAUUGUGAUCCAUUGAGUUUAGGUUACAUCAGCAAGAUUGACGAGAUUGUUCCCUUCUAUGUUGAAGACAAAUUUGUGUUCCUUCCUGGACUCCUCGGUCUCUUUAUGGCCAGUCUAUUCAAUGGAGCACUCAGCCUUGCUGUCUCUAACCUUAACUCUCUUGCAACAGUUACAUGGGAAGAUUUCAUCAGUCAGAUUCCUCAGUUUAAAAGUUUCACGGACAAGAGGCAGCUGUUUAUAAUUAAGUUCAUUGGUGCUUUAUAUGGGAUCCUUAUCAUGGGCAUUUCAUUUGGAGUGGCCACUCUUUCUGGUGUAAUUGAGUCGUCCAUGCUUAUGACAUCGGCCACAAGUGGACCACUGCUCGGGGUCUUCCUGCUGGCAAUGCUGUUUCCUUGUGUUAACUGGAAGGGGGCAGUAAGUGGGAUGAUGGUCAGUCACAUAGUAACUCUCUGGAUCACAUUUGGGAGUCUGACUGUCGACAAGCCUCCAGUUCAGCUUCUGCCCUUGUCUACAGCUGGGUGUAAUAAUGACUCUUAUAGCCAUGUAGUUUCCUGCGAAAUUGUGGUACCAGAUUCUAAGUAUCACUUUGAAUGGGCCAAUCACAGUAAUUCAGAGGAACCUUUGUAUAAUUACAGUACAUUCAAAAAUAUUUCUUCUGAUAUGGAGGAAGCAGUACCUACUAACAAAGGACCUGAGAAUGGCCUAAUACAGCUGUAUUCCAUAACAUACAUGUACUACUCACUGAUUGGCUGUGGAAUUACAGUUCUUUUGGGAAUCGUAGUCAGCUACAUCACUGGAACCUCACCAGAAGAUGCCUAUGAUGAAAAACUAAUUCAUCCUCUAGCACUGAAGAUCAGUUUGUUGUUUCCUGGACGACCUCGCAGAUAUGUUCAAGAUAAGACAACAAGCCCAGAUAAAUUCAAUAAUAGCAGUUCUGAAGUCCUCCAGACAAGAGAUGAAGAGAGACCAUGUGAUUUUUCAAAAGAACCCAGAUAUAGAGCAACUGAAUUUACUACAGCAAAUGGAAAGAGCCCCAUAUGACACCAUUUGUUACACUCAACAAAUGUUUUGUUGAGAAUGUGUAAACCACAUAUUGUAAAAACAGUCUUGGUUGUCUCUGGCAAUCGGUGACUCAAUUUACAUCUUCCAUAAUGGAAGGAACCCAGUACUUAGGGCAGCUUCUAUUGUUUUGCCUGGGUAUAUUGUACAAAUGAUGGCAAGGACAAGUGGACUAUCAAAAGAUGGAGUUACAGGAAUAGUCAUAGGGCCAUACAGAAGUUCCAAUAACAACCGUUAAUAUCAAGACUUUAGUUUGUGGAACCAAAGAUGCAAAUUGUAGCAAACAAGUUACAGACCUUGUUCAAAUUCAAACUGUGAAUAACAACUGCCAUACAAAUACAUGUUUCUUAAUAGUGGUGAUAUAUUUAUUACAAUUUUAAAACUAUUUUGAUAUGCUUUUAUAUAAGUAUCAGCAUUGUGAGGAUAAGUAUUUUACAUGCAGUGACCAAACUCCAUAUUGUUUGCUGAUCAGUGAAUAAGUGUAAAGUCAGCAACAGGAACUAUUAUAAUUAAGAAGCCACCUUGUCAUGGUGCUGAUUUCGCAUCUGAUAUGGCCACAGGACUAAAGUUUCAUAUUAAAUGAACAACAUUUCUACAUCACAAUCUUCCUAACAUGUGAAUAUAUGAGAAUGUAUGCUACUAGAGCAUUCAAUGUUAUGUAUUAGUGACAUUUCUUUCUAACACAACUUAAAGAUUAGCACUAAUGUGCCAUUUUUGUUGUCAAGAUCUUAGUACAUUGUUAAUGAGGCUGAAAAAUUAUGUUUAAAUCAAACACUUAACUUAGAAAUUGAACUUCUAUAAUUUAACACAAAAUAUGUUUUCAUAUAUCUGUAGCGUAUAUGAGUGAGUUAAUAUUUUUUAACCAUUACAUGUAAUGGACAAAUAUGUCAGUGUUAAUAGAACAACAGUCACUCUACAACCUUAUUCUUAUCGACUCAUGACUCAGAUGAAUCUUUGUCCAACACAAGCAUAGUCCAUUUAAUACAGCAUAUUACCAGUUGGCCACUUCAAACUGAAUUUUCAAAUCUUGAAACAAAGUACAUGAAGAAUGACAUUUGAGUCACAAAGUUCCAUACAAGAGGAAAAACAAUAUAAGAUAAUUUAUUUAUUAAGUUUUGUUAUAAAUCAUGUGGUAAUAGCUUCAGUCAUUUACUCCUCAGUUCUCUGUAUUGUUUCCAAAAUCUCUAUCUUUUGAACCUGUUUUAUCAGCAAUAUGUUUUAGAUAGUGCUGAAUACAAAGAUGACAAAGCAAACUUAAUAGUAAACAAGGGAAAGUAAUGGCUGGUUGUUUCAUAACAAUUUUCAAAGGAAACCCAGGCACAAAAAAUAUUAAUUUUAUAGGAGAAACUAUAUUCAGGGAUUCUUAACAAUAAUAUGUAUUCCAUUUUAUAGCAAUAAUUAUUUGAUGUUUGGAUGGUUACUGUAUAUUAAAUUGUGAUACAGAAUGUGACUGUUGAAUAAAUAAUUUUAGUGACUAGCCAG